UCUUAUUUUUAAAAGGAACUUGCAAAUAUAUACUACAAUCCUAAAGACUUUAAUAUGCACCUCUAAAAACAAAGAGUAAAAUUAUCUACAUAAUCUCAAUGUUACCACAAUUACUUUUAACAUUUUCUAACUAACGUCCAGUGCACAUACAAAUUUCCCCAAUUGUUCCCAAAUGUUUCUGUAGCUCUUGUUUUCCGAUCGAGGCCCAUACAUUGCAUUUGCUGUUAUGUCAUAAAGCUGAGCCCCUGACAGAAAGAACCUGGGCUCCAGUUUUCAGGACAGACUGUCAAUAACAUGCUAUCAUUCCCUAAAUCUUCCAAAUCAAACACGCACGCACACCUCCACAACCCCUGCCAAAGCGCGGCACGCGAGCGCGGUGUUUUCUGGGAAAUGUAGUCUUGAAUUUUAUGAGUUCUCGCGCAGCACUCUGGGAACGAAUAUUCUGCGCUUUCCCCUGCGCAUGCGCAGUCGGCUCUAUUUUCUUGCUUCCACCCUCUGCGGCGUUAAGUGUGCCCGCGGUUCGCACUUCAGCUUGUCCUUUACAGUUGUCCACACUUUUCCAAGGGCAGCAGAAAGUGAACAUAUCUCAGCAUUUCCUGUGUUAUAUCUGCAAGGAGUACGUGGAAGAUUUGGCCAAAAUCCCCAAGAGUUUCUUACAAGAAGCAAAUGUCACCCUUAUAGUUAUUGGACAGUCAUCCUACCAUCAUAUUGAGCCUUUUUGCAAACUGACUGGGUAUUCCCAUGAAAUCUAUGUUGAUCCUGAGAGAGAAAUUUAUAAAAGAUUGGGAAUGAAAAGAGGUGAAGAAAUUGCCUUCUCAGGACAGAGCCCCCACAUAAAGUCAAAUGUACUCUCAGGAAGCCUUCGGAGCCUGUGGUGGGCAGUGACUGGCCCUCUCUUUGAUUUUCAAGGAGACCCAGCUCAGCAAGGUGGAACCCUCAUUUUAGGCCCAGGUAACAACAUCCAUUUUAUACACUGCGAUAGGAAUAGGUUGGAUCACAAACCCAUAAACUCUGUUUUACAGCUUGUAGGAGUUCAGCAUGUAAACUUUACAAGCAGACCUUCAGUUAUCCAUGUGUGACAUAGUAUGGAAUCUGUUGCUUUCAGAUGCACCCUCAGGAAUAUGAACUUAAGUGCUGGGGUAUCUAACUUGGUGGCCCUUCCUAGCUCUUGAGGAGUUAUGAAAACUGAGAGAGACCAUGUACCAGUUAAAUUGCAUGCUGAGAGGCACUGGUUGUCAAAAAUGUGAUAUAUAUUUCCAAUUUUAUAGCUUUUAAAAUUUAUGCAAUAUAACAAAAUAAAUAUCAA